UACAACCGCGGCCGGGAUGCGGGGAUGCGGGCGACGCUGGGAGCCGUGCGCGGGCGAGUCCGCCAGGCGGGCCAGGGCUUGCUGUAUUCCCUGGAAGCCACCCUGGAGGAGCCGGCUUGCCAAGACCCCAUGGUGUGCCAGCUCCCUGUACCCAAGAAAACCUUGCUCUGCAGCUUUGAAGUCCUGGAGGAGCUGGGAAAACACAUGCUUUUGAGGCGGGACUGUGGCCCAGUGGAUACCAACGUUACAGACCUCAGAAAUGAAGCUUUGAGUUCAGUCCUUCCACUGUCAAGCAAGAAUGCCCUUCCUGAGGAGUUUUCUGUGAAGAUGGCUUCAAUCUUCAAGAACUUUGUUGCCAUUUAUAACCGAACUUAUGAGUCAAAGGAAGAAGCCCAGUGGCGCCUGUCUGUCUUUACCAGAAACAUGGUGCUAGCACAGAGGAUCCAGGCCCUGGACCGUGGCACAGCUCAGUAUGGGGUCACCAAGUUCAGUGACCUCACAGAGGAAGAGUUCCGCACCAUCUACCUGAAUCCCCUCCUACCAGAGGAGCCUGCCAAGAAGAUGCGCCUCGCCAAGGCUGUGGGUGACCCUGCCCCACUUGAAUGGGACUGGAGGAAGAAGGGGGCUGUCACCGAUGUCAAGAACCAGGGAAUGUGUGGGUCCUGCUGGGCUUUCUCUGUCACAGGCAACGUGGAGGGCCAGUGGUUCCUGAACCGGGGCACGCUGCUGUCCCUCUCGGAGCAAGAGCUCUUGGACUGUGACAAGGUGGACAAGGCCUGCAUGGGUGGCUUGCCCUCCAAUGCCUACUCGGCCAUCAAAAGUUUGGGAGGACUGGAGACAGAGGAUGACUACAGCUACCAGGGCCACAUGGAAGCCUGCAACUUCUCAGCGAAGAAAGCCAAGGUCUACAUCAAUGACUCAGUGGAGCUGAGCAAGAAUGAACAGAAGUUGGCGGCAUGGCUGGCUGUGAAGGGUCCCAUCUCUGUUGCCAUCAAUGCCUUCGGCAUGCAGUUCUACCGCCAUGGGAUCGCCCACCCACUUCGACCCCUCUGCAGCCCUUGGUUCAUCGACCAUGCUAUGCUGAUUGUGGGCUAUGGCAACCGCUCUGAUGUUCCUUUCUGGGCCAUCAAGAACAGCUGGGGCACUGACUGGGGUGAGGAGGGUUACUACUAUCUGCAUCGUGGAUCCAGAGCCUGUGGUGUGAACGUAAUGGCCAGCUCUGCGGUGGUAGACUGAGGAGCCAGGGCACAGGACCUGGUGCUGACCAGAGAAGCUCCUUUCCCAGCCUGACCCCAUGUCUAGGUUCUCCCCAGGAGGCGCAGCUGACUGACCAAGGGCUGGGUGCUGGGAAUCUUAGGGUGAGCAGGAGGCACUGGACCCUACUUUUGUCUAAUCUGAUCCCGCUGGAAGCGCCCCAGCUGCACCUUUGUUGUAUUGUGGUGUGGUAGCUAGAACCCUGGGGUGAAGAAUGUUUGCAGCGCAGCCAAAGCAGAAGCAGGAACCCUGGGCUUGGGUAAGGAGUAGAAUGAAAGUAUUUCCAUCUUAAACCCAGCUCUGUCUUCAGCAGGCUCUGCCUUCCUGUCCAGACUUUCCUAUGAUGCUAUAAAUGUUCUGGUCCCCCUGAAUUCGGGGACAUUGUCUGGGAAAACUGUAGCCACCUUUCCCUAACAGCAAUAAAGAGGUGAUCUGAGGUUCCAGUACAGUGUGAGUGCUCAGGGAUGGGUGGUGGUGAGUCAGAGUGAGAUAGCUGGUUCUGCCCAGGAGUCUGAGGGCCCAGCUUCUACUUUAGGAACCACCAGGAGAUGGGAGGAGGCCCAUGGA